UUUCAUCUCCAUCUGUUGGCAGGACUGAUUGAAUAGUACUGCUUAGUGCUAUCCGGUGCUAUCGACAGAUGAAAUGCUGAUAGUGCUUCUCUGAACAGGAAGGUGGGAAGAUAGGAGACGGUCAUCAGCAGAAUUUGUAUAAGAACAGAAAGUUUACAAAACCAGUUUCAGAGAAGGCGGUGUCUUGCGAGAGACGUGCCUGCAUUGCGCAUUGAUACGCUUCUGUACUAGGUGAGCCAAUGUGCGGAGGAGUGGGGGAACAGGAUGGAAACUGUGAUAACAAUGGAUCGGCUUUUGGCAAGAGAACGGGCAGAAAAUGACGAAAGACAGCAGCCCCUACUGCGCGGCAGAAUCGACAGAAAUGAAUAUGAAUGUCUCAGGCGCAUAUUUUAUCACGGCACGGGAACACAAGUCCGAGAUUUUUUACGACAGAAUGACAUUGAUUUUCAGACUUUAACUCCUCUUCACCUAGCUGCAGAAAUUGGUAACGUUCACGCCGUAACUGCACUUCUUGAUGACAACAGAACGAUUUUUAAUCAAAGUGAAUCAAAUUAUAAUAGAACGGCUUUGCACAUGGCCGCCAAGGAAGGAAAUGCCGAAGUACUCAAAUUACUACUGGAGGAUGUAAGGGCACAAGAAAUUGAUAUAAAUGCCGUGGAUAAACAAGGAAGGACAGCUUUCCAUCUAGCAGCAGAAAUGGGGGUUUCAGAAGACUCUACAGAAGAGAGGUACCUGAGAUGCCUGGCGCUUCUGAUGGACAGACCUGAUUUGCAAGUCAACAGGCCUGAUUCAUUCGGAAGAUCUGCAAUAAGUCGGGCAUUGAGGAGAUCCCGCGUAAGGAGGAUCCACCUUAUCUUACAACAUCAGGGUGCACAUAAACUAAAUGUUGACUAUAGUUUGGCAGAUGAGGGCCGGACAGUCCGUGAGAGUAUUCUGGAAAGCUUACCGGAAUUCAAAGAGUUGUUGCCGGAACCCUUAAUGGAGGACUUAAUGUCGCCAAAUCCGAGAUUGCAGCUUCUAGCAGCUCUGCAAUAUGGUUUUUUGGAACACUUCACACACAUUCUGCAGACAAACACGGACUUGGUUGAUAAUCAUUUCGAAGAGCCGUACCACAGCACAUGCCUGGAACUGGCUUGUUUGAUAAAGGAAAGGGAGCAGUUCGCAAAAAUUAUUCUUGGGUUCAUGUCUAACCCAAAUAUCAAAAAUCGUGUUUCCAAAAUACCUCUACUACAUACUGCAAGCGAGAGACUAAAUUUUCCCGCAUUGAAUGUCCUGUUGAGUACCAAAGGGAUCAAUAUGAAUAUACGAGGGAAGAAGGGUACAGUCCUGCACUGGUUGGCAGUAAAUAAGUUCGGAGAGGCUGAAUGUUGUCCACUCAUGGACAAAUGUUUUUCUUUGUUGAUGCAGCGUAGGAAACAUAAAAUAGACAUAGAUGCUACGGACUGCAAGGGAGACACGGCACUGCAUGUCGCGGUUCGGUGGGGCAAUAUAAAUUUAGCCCUAAACCUACUUGCUUCCGGUGCAUCUGUCGAUAUCUGGAAUAAAAACAAACACACACCACUGCACGUUGCUGCUCUCACUGGAAACAAAGAUGCAGUAAUAACCUUAAGAAAGUAUGGUGCGAACAUCGAUGCUCAAGAUGGACGCGGUACCCCAUUGUACGCCGCUGCUCAUAUGGGAAAGAAAGAUAUGGUACUUUUUCUUUUGAAUCAAGGUGCCAAUUUUAUGUACGAAAUUAACGGCGAGGCUUCUUUGCAAUAUAUCGAUCCACAGAUAUUGAGGAAAUUUUUUGAUGACUGUAUACAAAGCAGUGGGAACAAUCCAAGGUGUGAGAACUACCUACUGAAAUUCAAGUACAGCUUCAUUCCUUCAGUGAAGGACAAGUGCAUCAUAUCCUAUGCUGAUACCGAGAUGCACACCAUAUUGAAGAUGGCCGAAAUGGCUGAAAUGAGAAGCUUACUAAAGCACCCGCUCAUUUCCAGUGUCAUAUUCGUUAAGUGGUGCCAUGCACGUAGAGUAGUUUUCUUCGACAUAUUCCUCUAUUCUCUGUUUCUUGUAAGUCUAACGCUUCAUGUCAUCUGCAUACAAAAUUCACCAAAGGAGAUGGAAAAACCAUCUUUAAAUACGUCGGUCGAUUUAGACAGCACUGCAGAUGCAUAUCUGACUGCCUCCUCGGAUGGAAGAACAAGAGUCCCCAUAAGCUUAUGGAUAUUUUUCUUCUUAAUAAUCGCCAGGGAAGGUGUUCAAUUCAUGUUAGACAAGGCUGAAUAUUUGCGCAAUCCAGGAAAUUUGUUUGAUGCAUUAAGUAUUUUGUCUACAUUUAUGUACUUAGUUGUGCCUCAUUUCGAGAUGAAUCACCACGCAGCGUCCAUUGCUGUCCUCUUGGCUUGGAUGGAAUUUCUUUUCCUGAUUGGUCGUCUGCCGAGUGUGUCUGUGAAGCUCGAAAUGUUGAAGAAAGUUUCUUGGAGAUUUCUUACAUUUGGAUUAUGCUACCUUCCCUUAAUUUUAGCCUUUGCUUUGAGUUUCAAUGUCCUGUUUCGCCGGAAACAUGCAAUAGAUCAGGACGCGUAUACCAAGGAGGGAAUUUAUGCUGAAGUCAUAAGUAGUUUCCUAUUUGUCUUGCAAACUUUCAUAAUGUCCACCGGCGAAUUCGAAGCAAACGAACUUCCUUUCUACAACACACCUGUGACAAGUCACUUGAUUUUUCUCCUCUUCUUGCUCCUGAUUACGCUGACUUUGUUAAAUCUGCUAAACGGUUUGGCAGUGCGUGACACCCAAGCCAUCAUCGAGAAUGCUGAAAAUCUCAGCCUACGCGCUAGAACAAAACUAAUUCUCCAGACUGAAACUGUAGCCUUACGCUAUCAGAAGAACAAUUACUUGAGAAAUAGAUUGCGAAGUUUCUGCUUCUUUUUCGGAGACUUGCCUUCGAAAUGUUUAUAUGUUUAUCCGAAUAAGAAUUUUGAAUUUUGCUAUUUACCGGACAGUGAGAAAAGGGGAAAUAUGGAUCCAUCAAUAGUCAGCAGAUCUACGUUAAUUGCUACAGAACGCUUCUCAAAUUUCGGUCCACGUAGACUGUCUUUACCGUGAAAUGUUCAGUAGGAAGGAAAGCAUAAGGGCGGUUUUCAAAGUUGACUGCAGGAGUUUCCAUGUUUCCAGAAUAGCAGUUUUGCCAUGCGAAGUCAGAUAUAUCUCUUAAUUACAAAAAAAUAAUAAUAAUAAUAAUAAUAAUAAUAAUAAUAAUAAUAAUAAUAAUAAUAUGUAAAUCUAGACAAAUUUAACAUCAGAACUCUCUUGAUACAUACGUGUUAAUGAAACAGUGUGGUAAAAUAAUUCACCACCAGAAUUAAAUGUUUCCUUGUUACUCACGAGCUUUCUCUCUUAGCAGCAAUAGCUUAAUCUGAUCUGGAUUUGCUUGGUAUUUGACAGGAACUACUACAGUCAGCUUGUGUCUUCUCCACGUUAGACAUUUCCCGCUACCGUGUAAAUACCAGAACCAUGAGAAAACCCUUCCUUUGCGCAUAUGUGCAUACGUAUUUUGAGGUUUCCUCAGCGGUGACAAUUCAGGUUGUGGUCUUCUGUGUUGGGACAUCAUGUGGCAUUGUAGAUGGUUCCCAGCGCUUCGGAGGACUGUGUUCCCCCCAUCUUCCACUCUGAAGGCAGGAGUAGUAGAUUCCGUCGAAAAGUUGGUAAUUUUCUGCGGCAUUACACAAGGUCAUAUUUAUCCUCAUACAAAAGAUAAUUGUGAGCCGUUCCUGGAAAGUUGACAGUUUUAUUAUAACUUCAAGUAAGACAGGAUCAAGUUGGGCCAAUAGAAAUCAAAAUCAAGUUGUUUCAGCAUUCUCUGAUGUAGGCAACCGAUCUUAAAUUCCAUGGAAAUGCGGUCAGCGUUUUCCGAUGAGUCACAUGCAGACAGCCAUACGGGUGAACAUCACCUCACAUGGAUACUAUGCGUGGAAACAAAUGAGCGUGACUAUCUUACACGUGGUACAAAGAAUACAGACUACUACUUCGAAGGAACUGCUAAUUUCGUUUCAUCUUGGUCCGGAGAUGCUAUAUCGAUUGGGUCCAACUGAGUAGAUUUUACCUGAAGACGGAGAGAGAAUCCUAUCUCCGAAACUCUGUGUU